CAACAGCAGCAACAGCAGCAGCAGCAACCUCCCCAGCAACCCCCGCAGCAGCAACUGUACAGCGUACCUCACCAGCUUCCUCAGCCUCAACAAGCGCUGCUCUCACAGCCUCCUGUCGCCUUGCCCACUAGCCUGAGUUUAUCCAACCCCCAACAGACUGCCCAGAUUACCGUGUCGUACCCAACGCCACGCUCCAGUCACCAACAGCAGACGCAGCCACAGAAGCAGCGAGUCUUCACUGGUGUGGUCAAUAAGCUGCAUGAUACGUUUGGCUUUGUAGAUGAAGAUGUCUUCUUUCAGCUUAGCGCUGUUAAAGGGAAGACGCCUCAGGUUGGUGACCGGGUCCUAGUGGAAGCCGUGUAUAACCCCAAUAUGCCCUUUAAGUGGAACGCUCAGCGCAUCCAGACCUUACCUCAGUUAGCAAACCAGUCGCAUCAGCAGCAGCCGCAGCCUUUACCCCAAGCUUCCCCUCAGCUUGGCAGCCUUUACAAUGAGCCAGGAAUGCAGCUGCGCUACACAGACAUGCACUCCACCGGCGACAACAGACAAAAUAGCCAGCCCCAGGGUCCGAACAUGAUGAAGCCAGCACCCUCCAUGCUCCAGUCCUUACCUCCACCAACCACUUUCAGUGUUCCGUCCCAGGCUCCUCCCCCUUCACUUCUUCAGGCGCAGCUUUCCGCUGCCUCACUAGCUCCUCUCCUCCAGAAUCCUCCACAGCCUCUGCUCCCACAGCCUCCACCCAAAGAUGUGUUCACCGGCGGUCUGCUUCAGCCUCCAGUCAGAAUGAUGCCACAGCCACAACCAGUCCGGCGGAUCGAACCUCCACCCCGUUUCCCCACUAGAAACGAUCGAGUCCCAGAGCUCAUCCUUAGGCCUAAAGAAGAGCGCAGAGACAGAGACCGGGACCGCAGGCGGUCCAGAGAAAGGUCUCCCACUCGCAAACGCUCCAGGGACCGCUCACCCAGGCGAGAACGCUCCCCGAGACGGCCUCGCAGGGUGGUUCCUCGCUACACAGUUCAGUUUUCCAAGUUCAGUCUGGAUGGGACCAGCUGUGAUUUGAUGGAGCUGAGAAGGCGCUAUCAGAGUCUCUACAUACCCAGUGACUUCUUUAACGCCGUCUUCACCUGGGUGGAUGCGUUCCCUCUCACUCGGCCGUUCCAGUUCAGCAACGCCUGUAACUUCCACAUCCUACACAAAGAGGUGGAUUCUUUUUCCAAAAACACAGCUGUGCUGGACCCUCCUGACGUUAACCACACCUACAGCGCAAAGGUGAUGCUGCUCGCUAACCCCAGUUUAGAGGAGCUCUACCACAAGUCGUGCGCUCUGGCUGAGGAUCCCCAGGAGCUCAGAGAGUCCUUCCAGCAUCCAGCCAGACUUAUUAAGUUUCUGGUGGGCAUGAGAGGUAAAGACGAGGCCAUGGCCAUUGGCGGUCACUGGUCUCCCUCUCUGGAUGGAGCCGACCCCGAACAGGAUCCAUCAGUCCUUAUUAAGACAGCCAUACGCUGUUGCAAGGCUCUGACAGGCAUAGACCUUAGCCUAUGCACUCAGUGGUAUCGUUUUGCAGAGAUUCGCUAUCACCGGCCGGAGGAGACACACAAGGGGCGGACUGUCCCUGCUCAUGUGGAGACAGUGGUUUUGUUUCUUCCGGAUGUUUGGCAUUGUCUUCCUACCCGUUCAGAGUGGGAGGUGCUGUCACGGCGACUUCGGGAGCAGCUGGCUGAGAAGUUGUCGGCCGAGCGAAAGGAGGCGGAUGGAGAACAGGAUGAAGAAGAGAAGGACGAAGAGUCGAAGGACAAUAGUACUCCAACUCAUUGGGCCAAACUUGACCCGAAAUCAAUGAAGGUCAAUGAUCUACGCAAGGAGCUUGACUGUCGUUCUCUAAGUUCAAAGGGUUUAAAAUCACAACUUAUUGCUCGCCUGACUAAGCAGCUGAAGGUGGAGGAGCAGGUGGAGGAGUCUAAAGAACCUGAGAAAAUAGAGGUCAAAGUGGUGGAGGAAGAGGAGCCUCCUCGUGCUGAAGAUGACAAGGAGGAGGAGGAGAGGAAGAAGCAGGAGGAGCUGGAGCGCCAGCGGAGAGAAAGACGCUACAUCCUCCCCGAUGAGCCCACCAUCCUGGUCCAGCCCAACUGGGCCGCCAAGAACGGCAAGUUCGACUGCAGUGUGAUGUCGCUGAGCGUGCUGCUGGACUACCGACUCGAAGACAACAAGGAGCAUUCCUUCGAGGUUUCCUUGUUUGCCGAGCUCUUCAAUGAGAUGCUGCAGAGAGAUUUCGGCUACCGCAUAUACAAAGCCCUCGCCGCUCUGCCCGUCAAAGACGACAAGAAGGAGAAGAAAAUCAAAAAGGACAUGGAAAAGAAAGAGGCCGAAAAGCGCGAGAUCAAGAAAGAAAAAGAGGAUGAAACCGACGAGCCCAGCGCCAAAAAGUCCAGAGAGGAUGAGGAGGAGAAAAAGAAGCAGUACGAGGAGAAGACGGUGAAAAAAGAAGAGUCUCGAGACGAGGACGAGAACGAAGAUGACAGCAGCACGGCUAACCCUGAAGAGUACGACCCGCUGGAAGCAGACGAUGCCGACGAUGACGAGGAUGACGAUAAAGACGACGACGACUCCAAUGACAGAGACAGGAAAGACCGCAGAGACGACCACAGGUCGUCCAAAGAGAGAUCCUCCAAAGAUAAGGAGAAGAAGCAGAUGGUCACAUACAACAAGGAGCUCCUCAUGGCCUUCGUCUACUUCGACCAGAGCCACUGUGGCUACUUACUGGAGAGAGAUGUGGAGGAGAUCCUCUACACGCUGGGGCUGCAUCUCUCUCGCGCUCAGAUAAAGAAGCUUCUGAACAAGCCGGUGGUCAAAGAGUCGUUCCACUACCGUAAGCUGACAGACAGAGGGAAGGACGAAGCUCCGCCUUCCUUUAACGAAGCCCAGAUAGAAAGCAUCACCGGAAACCGAGGACUGCUUUCUUCUGCUAAAGCUCACGCUCAGUCAGAGUCCAGCCAGUCCGGUAAUCUGAUCGUGUAUAACGGAGCCAUGGUGGAUGUCGGGAGCAUGAUGCAGAAACUGGAGAAGACCGAGAAAGCCAGAGAGGAGAUUGAGCAGAAGCUCAUGCUGCAGGAUGCCAAAAUGGAGGACGACUCCAAGGUCAAAGCUCAGCUGGAGCAAGCCAACAAAGCGUUUUCGCAGGAGCUGGAGGAGGUCAAAAGCUCGCUCAGCCAAACCGAGCGGACUCUGGGCUCCGUGGAGGAGCAGAGGGCGCUCUACCGCGAGCUUCUCAUCAAGUCCGCACACUCUUUGACAUCCACCGUCAGAGGGCUGCUGGACGUGCUGAAGAAGGAUCAAGAAGUCGACGAAUCGACCUUCAAAGAUUGCGGCGACAUCGUUCAGACGCCUCAAACAAACGGCUCGGAUGAAUGAGAAUCAAUACAUGAAGCUAAUCUCUAAACAUGUGAUUUCAGUUUGUAAAUAUUCCCUGAACAUCUCAUUUGUUUUAGUUUAAGUUACCGUGUUCCAGGUUAAUGUAUAAUUUAAUGCUUGAAUUUAGUAAAGUGUUUUGUUUUAAAAAAUUACUUUUCUUAGUCAUUUUAACCGGAACAAAGCGCUUCAUUUCAGAAUAGGUUAAAUGCUAACUUCCUUUCUUUUUUUGUCAUUGCUUUAGCUUUUAUGGCCAAUAAAGUGCCAUAAUGAGGAUUUAAAUGCAAGAAGGUGUGAUUGGUACUUGAGCUGUUUUUCUAAUGAGCAAUAAUGAUAUUUAUGUGCAAGAGGUUUCCUGAGGAACUAUAUUUAAAACGACUCAUCUUGUGCGCAGAAGGGUUGAUUUAUUUCCUGUUUACUGCAGCUCUGUUGGACAAACAGUUUGCAGUUCUUUUGCUCGUCUAGUUUAACAAAUUUUCUGUUUUGUUCUGCACACAUGCUAUGCAUGGUUCCUGCCUCCUGAUAGAAUCCACCGACCGACCGACCGACGGCGCUGCCAGUGACAUGUGUUUACUGUGACUAAAGCUGGUUUUCUGCGUGAAAGAAUCCAGACAUCAACCAAAAGUUUAAGCUCAAUGAAUGUUCAGCUGAAGGAUUUGAACCCUUGGAGCUCCGCCUCUCAACUGUGUGAAACGUCCGGAUCGUCAGAAGCAGCACAAUUAUUACAUUUCAUGUCCUCUGAAGCUGGCAGUUUUAUUUUUCUAUGGAAAAAUGUACUCUAUAGAUGUGUUGUGCAAGAGUAAAGUGGUCCUUUUAACACUAAA